AUGGCAGUCAUUGUUGAAUGUUCACUCAAAAACCGGGGAAAGCUAUUCUCCAAAAUACAGGUUAGAAACUUAGCAGAGACAAACCUUAUCAGAGUUAUACAGCAAGAAACAUUCAAAGACAGUAUACAGAAUCUCCAGAAGAGAUACACUUCUAGUCGCAGAGACGAUCCUCUAAAGAACCUGGACCCCUUUCUCGAUGAGAAUGGUUUGCUACGGGUGGGAGGCAGAUUGAAAAGGUCAGCCUUCUUAUAUGGAGUGAAGCAUCCAAUAUUGUUGCCAAAGAGAAACCAUUUCUCAACGUUGGUUGCUAGUCAUUAUCAUGACCGCAUAGGUCAUCAAGAUCGAGGCAUGACUGUCAAUGAGAUUCAGAAUCAUGGAUACUGGAUUGUUGGGUGUCGUUCAACAGUGUCGUCCCUGAUCCAAAACUGUGUUACGUGCAAAAAACUGAGAGGAAGAAGAGUGUCACAAAAAAUGGCAAACCUCCCAGAAGACAGGACAGAACCCUCUCCACCAUUUACCCACUGUGUACUGGACAAGGUGGGAAAAAGAAUAUUUGUAGAAUCUUCAGUCACAAAAAACCUGGCAAGGUACCAAAGAAAAUAUCAGAGUUGGUGA